AUGCGACAGAAAGUUACAGCUAAGUACUUAAAAUCAAAGAUACAGAACAUUACAAACAAUUCGUCGUUUUGUAACUAUCCAUACGACGAAAAAUUUGACUCAUCAACAGAAAUCAAGCAAAAUUGUUUUAUUUGGAGUCGGUUUUUAAAUUUAAAGAUAACUCUAGCAAGGACGAAAGAAAUCCCAACUCGUUCAAGAACAACAGCAAAAUCAUCAAAACCAACUCCCCAAACAUCUUUUACAACACCCACUGAACACAACACACGCUUACUUUUGCUGCUACUCUUUCUUUACAUCAUUUCUCAAACUUCCGGAUUCAGUAACUUCAGUCAAAACAUUACAGUCCUCGACCAAACUCCAGCUCUGACGAGGGUUGGACAGAUUGGGAAUGGUCUGCCAGGCAUAUCUGGACCGUUUGAGAUACAUGUCGAGGAUAGGACCAACGCAUUAUUUACUGUGGACUCUAACGACGGAAGCGUCACUACUAAGGUACAAGUUCAAAGGUCAUCAACAUCAAGUAACAACAUGUACUACAUGAUAGCGUUCACAAAUAACGCACAAAUUGACGUCACAAUCUACGUCAUAUCUUCCACUUCAAGCAGAGCGCCAAUUUUUCGACCUACCUCCUUCUCUUCCCUCAUUCCUCUAGAAAAUCAAUUCAUCAAUUACACAUUUUUUGUGGCAACAGUAACAGAUCCCAAUGAAAACGACACCGUCAAACAAUGUACAAUCAUUUCGGAUCCAGGUAGUAAUAAUAACGCAAGUAGUCAAAUUGGCUCCGCUUUCCCUUUCACUUUGAAACAAACUGCAGCACCGAAUCGCGCGGUGACGUUGGAAUUAGUCUUGUCUUCAGUUGUAAACCUGCUUGGUCGAUAUAUUUUCGGCAUCAAAGCGGUGGACAGCUCAGCAGCAGGAAUGCAAUCGAUUCUUCGAGUUAACAUCACGAUGGUAUCAAAAGAUUCCAACGUUCCACCCAAUCCAACUCCUUCAUUAACAUUCGUUAAAAGUCGCUAUGAAAUUACUGUCAAUGAAAAUACAGAAAGCGGAGUAGGACUGGUUCAACUGCAGGCCACGAGUCCUGAUUCAAAUUCAAGUCGCAUAAAGUACACUCUGGCAGAAAUGUCAAGUAAUGACGAGUUUGCAAUCAACUCCACAACUGGCUGGCUCUCGUUGAGAAGACUUUUAAACGUAGACUACAAAGACACUUACGAUUUAGUUGCUGUGGCUACAAUAACAACUUCUGCUGGUGCCUCAACUGCAACUACGCUCGUUCACAUCAAAGUUACAACAUCACCUUCUAUGGACAUACAAAUUGUUUUCUUAACGGAUGACGGCUCGCCAAAAAUCUCCAAAUUAGCCAUGCCGAAUGAUCCGGUGGCAUACGUAUCAUUAGACAACGUUGAUGCCUCUUUCCAAUUCGAUGUGGCACUGGAGGGGGGCGAAGGCAGAUUUGGUCUGACAACCAGUGGAGAUAUGAUUUACUUGGUUGUUGUUUCAAAAUCACUCGCAGACGCUAAACCUCUCUAUUCAAUGAGAUUCAAAACGUUUUACUUGGCCCAUCCGCUGAAAUUUAGUUGGAAGGAUUUUGUUCUUAGGAUAGUUGAAAACAACGGGGAUGGAAAAGACUACCCACUCAUGUUUGAAAAUUUGAGAUACGAUGUGGCACUGGAUGGUGCAAGUCAAGUUGGAACUGAGGUCCUCACUGUUAAGCUGUUGAGCGAUGUAGCUCUGAUGAGACAAAAGAAAAACAACAACUUGAAUUCUCUUGAUUCAAACAGCACUGCUUACAACAACACUAGCAUCAACCACAACACACCAAGAUACCGGUUCAACAUGACUGGAGCGUUUGAAAAAUAUUUCCACCUGGAUUCUCUCACAGGAACGAUAGUGACUUCGCACUUAUUUGAUUGCAGCUUUUGGACGGAAAUGGCGCUUGGAGUGGAGGCGUACCGACCUUUUGUUGGGUACGAUGUGCUCACUGUGGCAAACAACCUGGCCUACACCGAUGUCGUCGUUAAAUUACUCUGGAGUCCAACAUCCAUUAGGGCCCCUUCCUUUGAGAAACCAUUCUACAGGUUUGAAAUUAAUCUGUAUGACAAAAACGUGGACGGAAGUGAAAAUGCCAUCAAAAGUGGAAUGUGCUUUGGGAAACAAAUACAUGUCAAUGAAGACAUUGAACACGCUGACAUCACAGUGACAACAUCAACAAUGAUAUUUACGCGAAUUCACCAGUGA